AUGUCCGAACCGGUGCAAACCGACAAGCUCGACCUGACGGAACUCGACCACGCACUCAACGAAGAGGGCGCCGCGUCCACCUCCCGCAAGGACAAUUCCUUGGCAAGCCACUCCGAGACACUGUCCCAACCACCGGCUGAUGCCACUGCUGCACAGGUAGUGGACAAAGACAAGGAGGAGCCCAAGAGGGAAGGCUCGCCAGAUACCCUGUCGCCCAACUCGGCUCGAUCCCUCUCGCCCGUUCCCGCUGCGAAACCCGAGAUGGCUUCCACGUAUACGGCAGCCCCUUCGCCGCCGAAGACGACGACGACGACGACGACGAAGACGACGACAGCGACGAAGGAUCAGCAGCAGCAAUCGAAGAACGACGAGCAGAGAGAUCGGAUCGCGACGCCGGUACAGGAACUCAAGGCCAUGUUCCCCGACUUUGACCCAGAGACUAUCGCUGCCGUCCUCGCAUCUUCCGCCGGCAACCAGGAGGCUGCGGUCAAUGCGCUCCUGCAGAUGUCCGAUCCAUCCUACCGCCCUGCGCCGUCUUCGACCGGCAGUCAAACCGACUCGGAUGCAUUGUUGGCUCAGACACUCGCAGCGGAAGAGGAGCGCAACCACCAACUUCGCCAACGUCAGUUCCAGCAGCAGCAAGCAGCUGCCGCAGCUGGAGGGAGAGGAGGUGGCGGGUCGGGGGCGUUCUUCAGCGAGCUCACCUCGCUGAUUGGUGGAGGUGCCGGUGGUGGCGGUUCGCAGCCCACGACGCCGAGCUACGACGCCAACAACCUCACAUAUCAGCCACGAGUGCGUCGUCAACCCGCAUCGGCUUCCGCAAGAGCUGCCUACGCCGCCCCUUCUCCCGGCAGCGGACUGGGCGCUGGUGGCAACACGAACCAGAGCGUCGUUCCGGGCAUGCCCGGACCCAACGAGGCAAAGCAGUGGCAGGACGGCAUCAACCGGAUGGCUGAGACCGGACUGGCGCGGGCAGCCUCGACCUUUUCAUCCCUCAAGCAACGCGCCGAGGCUGCGCUUGCUAACAGCCAAACUCCAAGCCCAGGCGGUCAGUCGACUCCGACCGGCUCAUCCCCCAGCGGCGCCGGCAGCGGCAACGGCGGAGGAGGAGGAUUCUGGCGCGGCGGCGGAAGUGGAGGCAACAACCCAACAACGGGCCGGGGCGGAGGUGGCGCAUCGAGCUACCUGCACAACCUAAGCGGUGCCUUUGCCGGACACCCUCGUGGCGGCGCAAGCGGAGGGAGCGAAGACUCGGUGGGCGGGCUGGCAUCGCCCAAGUCGCCCCAGAUGGGAGACUACGACCGCGACCCGUCGCCAGUGGGUGACAACGAGCUGGCAAAGAUCCUCGCACGGGGCCGCGGCAACGGCAGCCAGUCGUUCUCGGCUGGUCGCAGCGCGGUCGACAACGGCAAGAAUCGCGCACUCGCUGACCGAUACAACACUAGCACCGGCGGUGGACGUGGUGCUGCCAGCGGCGCCGGUGCCGGUGCGGGCGAUGUAUCGACGGACGGAUAUUCGGGAUGGGAUCAAGCCGGCCGGACCCCGAUCCGCAUCAAUGAUCACUCCCAGUUCGCCGCGAGCGCCCAAGGUACGGGUGCGGAUGCGGCCGCGGGUACGGGAACGGCCAAAGUCAAGGACAGCAUCGCAAUGAUGGAUUCGGCCGGGGGCAGGGGCGUCACGUCUUCGGCGCCCGCUGCUUCGACCGCUUCGACCGCAGCGGCUGCGGGCGCAGGUGCAGGGCUUGGACUCGCUGCGGCCGCUGGGGCUGGUGCGACAUCGUCUUCGAGCAGCGCAGGAGGAGACGAUGGGUCGGAUUCCGACGACCUCGAGUAUGUCAGCAACCCGUUCGAGGACGAGGACUGA